GUACCCGCGCCGCGCUCAGAAGAUUAUGCUGCUGCUCCUGGCCAUUUUGUAGAGCACAGAAUGAGGGGGUGAAGGACCUACACACAGAAGCAAGAUAAUAGGGAGAAACGUUUGCGAGCGUACAAAAAAAUUCAACACAGAUCGGCGGCUGUCCUGAAACACUCGUGCACACAGUGGAUUAUUACCAGGAAAUUGCUUUGAAACCAUGAGCUGGGGGAUAGAGCUAUGGGAUCAGUUUGACAACUUGGAAAAGCACACACAAUGGGGAAUCGAGUUUGUCGAAAGAUACACCAAAUUUGUGAAGGAGAGAUCGGAGAUCGAGCUCAGCUAUGCAAAGCAAAUUAGGAAUCUGUCAAAAAAAUAUCAGCCUAAGAAGAAUUCCAAAGAGGAGGAAGAAAACAACAAGUACUCAGCAUGUCGGGCUUUCCUGUCAACUCUGAAUGAGCUGAACGACUAUGCAGGACAACAUGAAGUUAUAGCCGAGAACCUGACAUCGCAGAUCAUCUCUGAGCUGACGCGCUACAUCCAAGAGCUGAAGGCAGAGAGGAAGUCGCAUUUCCAUGAUGGACGCAAGGCUCAGCAACAUAUUGAGAACUCCUGGAAACAGCUGGAAUCAAGCAAACGGAGGUUUGAGAGGGAAUGCAAAGAGGCGGACAGGGCGCAGCAAUAUUUCGAGAAGAUGGACUCCGACAUCAACGUGACAAAGGCAGAUGUAGAGAAGCGCUGUUCCCACAAGGCCCGGCAACAAGCCCAGAUGAGGCAUCAAAUUGCAGCGGAUAGCAAGACUGAGUACGCAUCAUAUUUGCAAAAGUUCAACCAGGAGCAGAAUGACCAUUACCACACCCUGAUCCCACACAUCUUCCAGAAAAUCCAGGAGAUGGAGGAGAGGCGGAUUGAGAGAGUGGGAGAGUCCAUGAAGACCUUCGCUGAGGUCGACCGGCAAGUUCUGCCAAUUGUGGGAAAAUGUCUAGAUGGCAUGACUAAGGGAGCAGAAUCCAUUGAACCAAAACAUGACUCGUCGCAGGUUGUAGAAUCGUAUAAAUCUGGGUUUGAACCCCCUGGGGACGUGGAGUUUGAGGACUACAGCCAGGCGAUGAAGAGGACAGCAUCAGAGUGCAGCCUGUCAAACUCACGGGCAGAGAGCAAGCCCGAUAAGCCCACUGGCAAGAGCAAAGGCAAACUGUGGCCUUUUAUGAAGAAGAGUAAGCUUAUAUCCCUGCUAGCCUCUCCCCGCCCCCCCCCCCCCCCCCCCCCCCCCCCUCCCCCCGCCUCUGCCUCUGCCUCCGCCUUACCGUCGCCCUCUGCUGUUCCCAAUGGCCCCCAGUCUCCCAAGCAGCACAAGGAGGCCCUUACACUCCGCCUCAACGACUUCAUGGCCUCCAAGCCCAAAAUGCACUGCUUCCGGAGCCUGAAACGCGGGCAGGCUGGCUGCUCUUGCUCGUACCAGAUAGAGCUCAUGAAGAGGACAUUGGGCAAGCCUACGUACGCGUUCGAGGCCAGGCAGUAUGUCCUUUCUCUCAAGCUGAUAACGCUCAAUGCUCAGGUCCGGAGUCUUAUUGAGGGUGCUGGGUCUGAAGAUUUCAGUCACCUGCCACCUGAACAGAGGAGGAAGAAGCUGCAGGCCAAGGUUGAUGACAUCAACAAGGACAUCGAGAAGGAGAUGGACAAGAAGGAUGCUCUUAUUAAAAUGAAGGAUGUAUAUGUGAAGAAUCCACACAUGGGAGACCCCAGCAGUGUGGAUCCUCGGCUAGCAGAGACUGGGCAGAAUAUCGAGAAACUUCAGCUUGAGGCACAGAAAUUUGAGGGCUGGCUGGCAGAAGUGGAAGGGAGGAUGCCAGUGAAGUCCGAACCUCCGCAGCGACAAAGUGUGCUGUACGAGACCCAGAACAGCGUGCCCAGCAACGACAACUGCGCCCAGGACCGCGAGAGCAGCCCGGAUGGCAGCUACACAGAGGAGCAGAGUUCGGAGGCCCAGAUAAAGGUGCCCAAUGUGGAGUUUGACGAUGAAUUUGACGAUGAGGAGACGCUGCCCACCAUCGGAACGUGCAAGGCGCUAUAUUGCUUUGAAGGGAAUAAUGAGGGCACCAUCUCUGUGAUGGAGGGAGAGCUGCUGUACGUGAUCGAGGAGGACAAGGGUGAUGGCUGGACCCGCGUGCGCCGAAAUGAGGAGGAGGAGGGAUACGUUCCCACGUCCUACGUCGAGGUCUUUUUGGACACCAAUGGCAAAGGUGCUAUGACAUACAUUUAAGUGCUGUGAUGGGCGGCCGCGGGCUUCUCUGCUUCCUUGGCUGGGGGGCGCAGGUCAGAACCAAGGGGUGGAUGCCUGGCUACUCAGCGCCGGUCCCAAAGUCUUACACCGUAGUGUAGGACAUUUCCGUUUCAUUCCCUGUUCCACUACAUCAAGGAGCAGCCCUUGGACAGGCCGAUCAGGCAGCUAGAUGGCUUAAUGACCACAUCGUCCCAUGUUUUUUAUUUAUGUUGAUUGUAUUUAAUUUAUCAGAGAAGCUAAAAGCUGUGGGAGUGCUGGCUGGAACGUGACCGCUGCCAUGUUAGAGGAGAGAGCAGGAUCCCAGCCACUGACAGCUGCAGUCUGUGCUCCCUCUCCCUGUUCCAUUAUUGUGUCGUCAAACUGCCCGCAUACAUUUGCUUCAUUCGCUCGUCACAUUGACAGAAGGGGGCUGGAGGAACAUGACUAUUUAAACCCUAACAGCGUUGAAGUUGUUUAGAGAUUUUAUGGCUUAUGUAGCUCUGAAGGUCGCCCCCACCAAUGUGUAGCAUAGUCAGUAGCAUUUUCCACGCUAUUCUCAACAGGAAACCAUGUUUUACAGGAGAUCACACCCUUUUGAUAUUAAAAGAUUCUCGCAUUCAUAAAGAAAAAAGAAUUAUAAUGGCUUUUCUAACUGCUACUGAUCCACCGCUUCUCAUUCUCCUCAGCAAUGCAAUCUUAGGGAGCAGCAACAAGUCAAAUUGACACAUGAAGUUUACAAAUCUGUUUCCCAAACAUUUCCCCAAAUAAAAUAUUCUUUUAUGUUAGGCAGAGAAUUGUAUUGAUUACCCAGGUCAAGUAUCAGAAUACAUCUUUCUGUAUAUAUUGCAUUAAAUAACAUGUAUUAAUUAUUAACUGCCAGAGGGUGACAAUAAAUAAAUGUAUCUGUAUAUCAUAAAGGUGUUUUAAUAUGAAUUCUCUAUAUAUUACAUUGCCGGCUCCUGACUUGCAAUGCUGUAGGGCCCAUGUCUCUCCUACUCCAAUGAAUAGUUGAGACAUUUUAAAUCUUAUGAAUCCCUGUUGGUCACAAACUGUUUUAUAAUGUUUCCGGAGCGCUUAACAGGAUGUGCAGAAGACCUGAGACAUGACACAUCAUUUAGAAAUGCAUGCUGUUUUGCACUGUAGUAAAUAAUGCAAAUUUAUUGUGUUACUGAUUAGCAGAAAAAAAUCACUGAGAGACAUUAAACGUAAUAGCUGCUCUAGUAUUGUAAUUGCUGUAGGCAUCCCUGCAUACUUUAGGCAAAGUCCCAUUAUAUAAUAAAUCUUUUUUCUCCAUUCGACUUAACAACAUCAAAAUGCCAUUCCCACUCAUACUUGCACACCCGCUGAUGUCAGAGUAACAGGUGUGCUGAGUAUAGCACAGUAUAGCACAGUAUAAAGCAGUAUAACUCCAGCAGGUGGGUGUUUUUCUGUAGGACACAGCUGGGUAGAUCACUCAGGAUGAUCUGCAGAUGCUGGCUGAGUUUCACCUUGCAGUGAUGUGAAUGUUUAGCUGAUCGUGUCCUCGUCACUCAAGUCCCCUAAAAAUGCCUCCCAUUACAAACAGCCACUGCUUUUUCUCUGUCAAGCAGACUGUUGAUUUAACAUGCAUGGAUUUGUACACAUAUCUGCAGUCCUGCAACCUGUCCGAUGAUAUACAUUUCGGUUUCCCCUGUGAUGUUGCUCUUGAUAGCAGACCGUGUCUCAGACGUAGAGCGAAGUUGAAACCUUUUAUGCAGUUCAAGGAGAUUCUUCGUUUUUCCCUGACGUGUAACAUCACCACUUUUUUUCUGAAAUAGAGGGGAAAAGUGUAAGUAAAUUUCAUGUCGAGUGUUAUUCACACAACCAUUUCAUUACUCAUUUUAUGCAUACAGGGAAGAAAUGAAAUGCUGUCGUUACCAAAUUAAAGCAUGCUAGUCUUCAUUUGCAUAAAAACGUUUUUUUUUUUGCAUGUUGGGCAUUGAUGUAAGCUGAAAUGUUUCCCUGUGGCAUUUCUGGCUUGAUCAAUGGCUUUCAAAACUAAGUGAAAGAAGAGAAUAUUAAACAGAAAAUAUUCUUCAGUAAGUAUCGCUUGUGUAGAUAGAAAAGCUACAUUUGUGGGAUAACUUCCCUUUGAAUAUUAAAUCUCCAUUAGAUGAUGACCUGUUAUCAUAUAGAUUAGCAUUGCCUGCAUGUGAAAAGGGAAUACAGAAAACAAACAUCAUAUUGGGUUGUUUCUUUUUAUUUUAUACAUCCUCUCUAACAUGUUUGUUUUUAUUUGUUUUUGUUUUAUUUUAUUCUCUA